UCUCUCUCUCUCUCUCUCUCUCUCUUUUCUUCUUCUUUAGCGUGUAAUUGUUUUCUUGCUAGUUUGCAGCUUAUGUCGCUUUCUUUCCUCUCUCUAUCUCUCUCUCUCUUCUUAGUCCCUCGCGCAAUGUAGACUUGUGGAGCUGGGACGUUGAACGGGGUCCUCUUCCACCUCCUCCUUCUGGGUCCGAGUGAAGGUGGCUGUCGUGGUGCUCCUUGUGUCUGCAAUUCCCACUUCUUUUCACGCUGUUUCAGAGUCAUGAGGCAACGACCCCGCAUUUCUGAGCAUCGGACCUGCAUGUCCCCGUCUCUGUCUCCGAGUAAAAAAUGGUGAGAGGAGACUCCACGUUCGGAAGAUUUCUCGAUAGCCAGGGAAUGGGAAAAUUUUGAGUGAUGCUAGUGUGUCAAGAGAACUAAGAGGCCGAAAAAUGAAUGAAGGAUGGAAAUUUCUAUCCCCACAGGGCAUCAUGAGCUUCUUCUGUUUAUUUUCAGUCCUCUUUCACCAACUCAUAGCAGCGGGGGAAUUAAAUAACGAAGUUACGGCGUUGUUAGCUUUCAAGAAUUCAUCUGUUCAAUCUGACCCGAAUGGGUUCUUGUCCAACUGGGAAGCCAGCUCUCAGACACCAUGCUCAUGGAAGGGAGUCUCGUGCACAUCUGAUGGCCAUGUGCAAGCCCUGGACCUCAGCAAUGCUGGGCUCGGUGGUACGCUGCACUUCCCUCGGCUCACCGAGUUGCCCAGUCUCCGAGUCAUGAACUUGCAUGGCAAUCUGUUCUCAGCCGGUGACCUCUCUGCCUCUGCAUCUUCUUCAUGCCAACUUGAGAUUGUUGACCUGUCCUUUAAUAAUUUCUCAGACCCUUUACCGGGAAACUCUUUCUUGAUUUCUUGUCCUAGUCUGGUUCAUGUUAAUCUCUCACAGAAUUCAAUCCCUGGUGGGAAUCUCCAGUUUGGCCCUUCUCUGUUGCAGCUUGACCUCUCUAGGAAUCGCAUUUCAGAUCACACCUUUUUGACUUAUUCCCUCUCUAGCUGCCAAAACUUGGAACUCCUCAAUUUUUCUGGUAACAUGAUCGCCGGAAAAUUGGGUGCCACUCCCAACUCUUGCAAGAAUUUAUCAGUUCUUGAUCUUUCCGGUAAUCAUUUAUUCGGGGACAUACCGCCGAAUUUCGUGGCGGAUUCCCCGCCUUCUCUUGAGUAUCUUGAUCUCUCCAACAAUAACUUCACGAACAAAUUCUUUGACCUUGAUUUUGGUAGCUGUGGCAAUUUGACUUAUCUGAAUCUAUCAAGCAACGGCCUAUCUGGGAGCGAGUUUCCAGAAAGUGUGAAGAACUGCCAGAUUUUGGAAACACUAGACAUCUCGCAUAAUCAGCUGGAGUAUAUGAUUCCUGGUGCUUUGUUUGGAAAUUUGCGAAAUUUGAGGCGAUUGUCUUUGGCACACAAUCAUUUCACGGGUCAGAUUCCACCUGAGCUGGGGCAGACUUGUGGAACUUUAGAGGAGCUCGAUCUGUCUGUGAACAACCUUACUGGCGGAUUGCCCUCGACAUUUGUUUCUUGCUCUUCCUUGUGGAAUCUCAAUCUAGGGAAUAAUCAUUUCUCCAGAGAUAUUCUUGUUACUGUCGUCAGCAGUCUCUCUAGCCUGAAAAAUCUGCAUUUACCAUUCAACAACAUCAGUGGCUUGAUUCCGCUGUCCUUAACAAACUGUAGCCAGCUUCAAGUACUUGAUUUGAGCUCAAAUGUCAUCACAGGUAAUAUUCCUCAGGGCUUCUGUUUGGCUCCCUUUUCGUCAUCACUGGAGAAAAUACUACUUGCAAACAACUAUAUCUCAGGAACUGUGGCUUCGGAGCUUGGAAAUUGCAAGAACCUGCAAUCGAUUGACCUCAGCUUUAACAGCCUGAACGGCGAAAUCCCUAAAGAGAUAUGGGAAUUGCCAAAGCUUGUGGACUUGGUUAUGUGGGCAAACAAUCUUACUGGCAAAAUUCCUGAAGGGAUUUGCGAUAAUGGGGGAAGUCUCGAGACCUUGAUUCUCAAUAAUAAUCUCAUUUCAGGAACAAUUCCACCAUCCAUCGCCAAAUGCACCAACAUGAUCUGGAUUUCGCUUUCCAGCAAUCAGCUCAUUGGUGAGAUCCCUGCUGGAGUUGGGAAUCUUCAGAAACUAGCUAUCCUCCAGCUGGGAAAUAACUCAAUCACCGGACAAAUUCCUCCGGAGCUUGGCAAGUGCCCUGGACUCAUUUGGCUAGAUUUAAACAGCAACCAACUGACAGGUUCUGUCCCCCCCGAGCUUGCUGAUCGAUCAGGCCUGAUCACACCGGGGAGCAUUUCAGGGAAGCAAUUUGCUUUUAUUCGAUACGAGGGAGGCACAGAUUGUAGAGGAGCUGGAGGACUAGUUGAAUUUGAGGGUAUAAGACCGUCAAGGCUGGAGAGUUAUCCUAUGGCGCACUCCUGCAAAACAACUAGGAUUUACACCGGUAAAACGGUCUAUACCUUUGCUAGCAACGGGAGCAUGAUUUAUCUCGAUUUGUCCUUCAAUUCGUUGUCUGGUACGAUUCCGGAAGGCUAUGGCACCAUGACUUUCCUGCAAGUACUGAAUCUGGGGCACAAUGAGUUAAUGGGGCCUAUCCCUGAAAGCUUCGGAGGUUUGAAAUCCAUCGGAGUUCUCUAUCUCUGUCAUAACCAUCUUCAAGGGUUUCUCCCGGGAUCGUUAGGAUCUCUAUCUUUUCUCAACGAUCUCGACAUUUCCAACAACAACCUCACUGGCCCCAUCCCUUCCGAAGGUCAAAUGAUUACUUUCCCGGCGUCCCGGUUCGAAAACAACUCUGGCCUUUGUGGAGUGCCUUUGCCCCCAUGUGGCUCCGAUACUGGAUCAAUAGUUCCAUCAAGCUCCAAAGGCCGGGAAAGGAAGCAAUCUGUUAAAGUAGGUGUAAUCAUCGGCACCACGUUCUUUAUCAUAGGUAUCCUCAUUCUCGUGGUAGUGUUCUACCGUCUAAAAAUACACCACAAGGUGGAGAAACACAGAGAAAAGUACAUAGAAAGUCUUCCAACUUCAGGUACUAGCAGCUGGAAGCUCUCUACUGUUCAUGAGCACUUAAGCAUAAAUAUUGCCACUUUCGAGAAGCCUUUGCGAAAGCUCACCUUUGCCCAUCUGCUAGAAGCAACUAAUGGAUUCAGCUCAGAGAGUCUCAUAGGCUCUGGAGGGUUCGGCGAGGUGUACAAGGCUCAACUCAAGGAUGGGCAUGUAGUCGCCAUCAAGAAGCUGGCUCAUGUCACAGGCCAGGGCGAUCGGGAAUUCAUGGCUGAAAUGGAAACGAUAGGGAAGAUCAAGCAUCGAAACCUCGUUCCUCUACUGGGCUAUUGCAAGAUCGGGGAGGAGAGGCUCCUCGUGUAUGAGUACAUGAAAUGGGGGAGUCUCGAGUCGGUUCUUCACAACAGGCCCAAAGGAAUGGCCUUGAACCUUGAUUGGGAAACUAGAAAGAAGAUAGCCAUAGAUUCGGCUCGAGGCCUAGCGUUCUUGCACCAUAGCUGCAUUCCUCACAUUAUACACCGAGAUAUGAAAUCAAGCAAUGUCCUUCUGGAUGAAAACUUUGUAGCUCGGGUAUCUGAUUUUGGCAUGGCUAGAUUGGUGAGUGCCCUAGACACUCACCUCAGCGUGAGCACCCUCGCAGGGACACCCGGUUAUGUCCCCCCAGAGUACUAUCAGAGCUUCAGAUGCACAACAAAAGGCGACGUGUAUAGUUACGGAGUGAUCCUGCUCGAACUUCUCUCAGGGAAGAGGCCAAUAGAUUGUUCCCACUUUGGCGAGGAUAACAACCUGGUAAGCUGGGCAAAGCAGCUUUGGAGAGAGAAGAGGAGUAACGAAAUACUAGACCCUGAUCUAGUCGAGGAUAUUUCCCGCAAGGAUGAACUUUGUCAGUACCUAAGGAUAGCAUUCGAGUGCCUGGAGGACAGACCUACUAGGCGACCGACUAUGAUUCAGAUUAUGGCAAUAUUUAAAGAGCUUCAGGCCAGUACAUCAGACAGUGAUAUCCUGGACGGUCUCUCGGGGAAAGAUGCGGUUAUCAUCGAGUCGCCAGAGAACGAACUCUUAGACUCCAGUUCAUGAUGAUCAGCUCCAUGCGGAUGUCACAAAGCAUUUUUCCAUCCUCCCAGAGUCGUGGGAGGGGUUCAUCAUUCUCACUUAUCCCUUUGUAAAUACGCCGAGAACUUGGCAAGAUACCACUGUCAUUGUACAUGGAAAGCAGACAAAGAAUGAGAGCAAUGGAUCGGUCCCCUGAACCGCUCGAAAUUCAGAGAGUAUCUACUCCAAUUCCCUCAUCAUAUCCAUGCAUUAGAGGCACCGAAAGGUUUGUGUUUGGCAUCCAUUUUCUUCGCCGCCACGGUUUUGCUAACUGAUGUUCAUCUUUUUUUUCUCUUUUUUCCGUCGUGGUCAAAAAUCAACUGAUGCUCAAGUGCUCUUCUGAUGCACACAAUUUGCCACUGUUUUUCUCCCUAUGUCUAUAGAAAGCUUGAAAACCGGAAUGGUAAGAGCGUUUUGUAAAGCCGAAGCUGUAGGCCUCUUAAUAAAAGAGCAUUUUGACAAUCUGAUGUGUCGCCAGCCGUGGGUUUCCGAGACUUUGCCGCAUUGUCUUUCGCUGUUGUUGACAGCGAAACCAGAUUAACUUGCAGAUCACGUCUAUUUUGGA